AUGGCGUCUCAUCCACAGCCAUCGCCUCCAAUGCAUCCCCAUCCCUCCCACCACCCGGCCCUGGCAAACCACCCGCAGGUCAACGGCCAUCCUCCCAUGGCCCAACAGCAAGCUCAGCAGCAGCAGGCUCAGGUACAGGCUCAGCAGCAAGCAGCUCAGCAACAGGCAGCCCAGGCACAGGCCCAGCAGGCCAGCAGCAGCAACAGCCGCCGCCAGGCCCUCAGCAGGGCCCUCAACCCCAGCCUGGCCCGCCUGCUCAACGAGGGCGUCUGGCUUCAGAUUGGAACUCUUUCUGAGCUGAUGAACGACCCUGAUGGCGCUAUGUAUGCAUUUGAACAGGCCAUCAGGCAUAACCAGUGGUCUAUUCCUGCCAUGAGUGCCAUCUCCUGCCUCCUGCGCAGCCGUGAGCAGUUCCAGAAGGCGAUCGAGUAUCUCCAAGCCAUUCUUAAGCUCGAUCCCCAGUCCGGCGAGUCAUGGGGUUCUCUUGGACACUGCUAUCUCAUGCUUGAUAACCUGCAAGAAGCAUACACCGCCUACCAGCAGGCCCUUUACCAUCUUCGUGACCCCAAGGAGCCCAAACUCUGGUAUGGCAUUGGUAUCCUGUAUGAUCGAUACGGAUCCCUUGACCACGCCGAAGAGGCCUUCUCCCAGGUCAUGCGCAUGCAGCCGGACUUUGAAAAGGCAAACGAGAUCUACUUCCGUCUCGGAAUAAUAUACAAGCAGCAGCAAAAGUUUGGUCAGAGUUUAGACUGUUUUAGAUACAUCGUCAACGAUCCUCCUCGUCCGCUGACGGAAGAAGACAUCUGGUUCCAGAUCGGCCAUGUCCAUGAACAGCAGAAAGACUUCGAGGCAGCCAAGGCAGCUUACAGACGUGUGCUUGAGCGUGAGCCCAACCACGCAAAGGUUCUGCAGCAGCUUGGAUGGCUCUACCACCAGCAGAACAACAACUACAGCAGCCAGGAACAGGCCAUCGAAUACCUUGAGAAGUCUGUUUCAGCUGCGAUGCGCAGAGUUGGUACCUGCUUGGGCGAUGCUACAUGUCCCAGGCCAAGUAUCCCAAGGCAUAUGAAGCUUACCAGCAGGCGGUAUACAGAGACGGGCGCAAUCCCACCUUCUGGUGUUCCAUCGGAGUCCUGUAUUACCAGAUCAACCAAUACACGCGAUGCGUUGGAUGCAUAUUCGCGCGCCAUCCGCCUGAACCCGUACAUCUCGGAGGUCUGGUACGACCUUGGUACUUUGUACGAGUCCUGCAACAACCAAACAAGCGAUGCACUAGAUGCGUACGGCCGUGCCGCGGAUCUCGACCCAACCAACGUCCACAUCAAAGCGAGACUCAACUGCUCCAAAGCGGACAGGCAGGUGGCGCCAACGCAGGCAACGCCCAGCACCCGCAGGAUGUGCAUCCGCAAGCAUACCAGCCGGCAGGCGUCGGUGGCUCCGCCUGGUCUCAAUGGGGUGCUCCCGCUCCUGGAACCGGGCGGACUGCGGCCCCAAGGUCCCGCUCCGCCUUCUCCGGUCGCUGAAUGGGGCAGACCUAGCGGGGAGCCGCAGAAUGCCAGCAACGCUCAUGGACCAGGAGGCCAGUUUGAGCAACGAGAAAACGUAAGAGGACCUCCUCCUUCCCAGCUGCGGGUUCAGGCCAGUCCACGCCAGGAGCAGUUCCACGAACCGCACCCGCCAUAUCGGCCUCCCCCAUCCAUAUCUUCCUCCCGCAAGGGUGGCCACUCCUCCCCUUCUCCCAAAUUCCCUUUGUCCAACACGCAUACUUAUACUGGAACCCAGGUUCUUCCACAGCUAGCUCCCCCGCAACAACAGCAACAGCAGCAGCAGCACGAAGGUCCUAACAACGGUCCAGCACCAGGUCCUCCAUCCUUCCCACCGCCACGACAAGGUCUCGGCCCUGGUCCAGGCCACGGACCCGGCCAUGGCCCCAACAACCAAGGUCCCAACGGCGCCGGGCCAUCACAGUACGGCCGACCGUUCACUCCCCCAACUGAAAUCCGUCCUAUCCGCGAAGAACGUCCUGCCUCCGCCAACGGCGCUGGCCCCGCAGCCAACAACGCCGGUGGACCAGGCCCAGCCUUCCCACCUCACCCGUCAUAUCACCAUCCUCCACCAGGCGGACCAGGCGUGCAGCAGAACGGUGGCAUCGCCUCGGGAGCUCCCGCGCCUGCCUCGGCCAUUGCAGCUGCCGAAGCUGCCGCUCGCGAGCGAGACGAGCGACCAGCAUCGAGCAUGAAGCGAGUGCGCGAAUGGGAGCCCGAGCCAGGCCCCGGAGCAGGACCAGUCAAGAAGAUCGCCAACGAAGAAACCCGCAGCCGACUUGACGGACGACAUGACACCCGCAUGGAAGAUCAGCCGGGACCAGGACAGGUACCAGUACAGGGACAAGGACCCCCGCCACCACCACCUGGCCCGCCACAGGGGCCAUCCCGCCGUGGCUCACCUGGUCCGGCCGGACCGGUGCCGAGCAUGGGGGGUGUCAACGUCGGUCCAGGACGCAUGUCAUCGCCACGGGAUCUACGCAGACGCAGCUCUUCCGAAGUCCGUCGAGAUGACCGUGACCAUGCUCGUCGUGCUCAUGAGCCAUAUCAUCCCUCCGAGGCAGCUCACCAUCCACCUACCUUGCCACCAAUCCAACACAUGGGACCCAAGAGCGAGCCGCAGACUCCUGGCCAGGCUCCCACAGGACCUUCAGGCCCUCAGUCUCUCCCCUCGCUGUCCGCCGGUCUCCCAAAAGACGAGCGUGACAGGGACAGAGAGCGAGAGCGUGAUAGGGAGCGUGAACGUGAGCGUGAAAGGGAGAGAGAGCGUGAACAACGAGACCGAGACCGAGACCGCGAAAGAGAGCGGGAGCGGGAAAUUAGAGAACGAGAACGCGAUAGAGAGCGUGAGCGUGACCGUGAGAGAGAGAGGGAAAGAGAGCGUGAGCGAGAGCAGAGAGAACGGGAGCGGGAGCGAGACAGAGACCGCGAACGUGAACGUGAACGGGAACGAGAACAACGAGACCGUGAGCGUGAACGUGAGCGUGAGAGAGACCGAGACCGAGACCGUGACCAGCGAGACCAGCGAGACCGUAAAGACCACUCGACUCUGCCUCCCGUCUCUGUCCCAUCCGUGCAGCAGUCCCAGGGCCCCCUCGAGCCACCGGCCCGCAAGAUGGACGUUGACGAAGACUACGAUGAUGAAGGCGACGAUGAUGCCAGUAGCAAGAAGCCCGCCGCCUUGGUGGGAAAGGGCGGCAGUCCCGGCAGCGUCAAUGGAAACGGCAGCGUGACUGGCCGUGACCGUGAGCGGGAGCGGGAGCGAGAGCGGGAUCGAGAUGCCGCGGGCUCCCAGCGGGACAGGGACAGGGAGCGUGAGCGUGAGCGUGAGGCCGGCCAGACCAAGGGCGAGGCUUAA